CGAAAAUGGCUGGUGUUAUCGCAGCGGCUAAUCUGGGGCGAUAAGACUUGUUCGAUUGCAGCUUUCGAAGGCAGUCGUGGAGAGAUGGCCGGUCGGCGCGCCACGCUGUCCGCCUUCAAGCGGCCGCUGCUUCUCUGCAAACUGCUCCUCCUCGCGCUGGUGGGGGCCGUGCUGGGUCUGCACGUCGACGUCUUCCCCUGGGUCUUCCAACUCGGCGGCCACCAUCAGGCGCUCCUUGUACACGCGGCCGCCGGGGUCGUGACCGCAUUGGCCGCCCUAGCCACAGUCGCACACCUUCUCCUCCAACCCCUACCACCUCUCCUCGAGAGCGCGUUCGACGUGGUGGGGGGUUGCCUGAUGUGCGGGGCGAGCGGCGUGUUGUUGUCGGCGUGGGUGCGCAGGGCGGACGCGUCUGCGCACGACGUACUGCCCGGACUUCACGCCGACGGAUUCCUCGACGCAGACAAAUUGGCCACCGCAGGAUUCCUCGCGCUCGCCGCCGCCCUGCUCGAGUUCGCGCAACCCCCGCUCGCCCUCUGGCUCAGACCCUCCUAACCUGCGUUGACCUCCCCAAAUCGUCGAUCAGACUUUCUUGAAGACUUUGCUUACCUGAAAGCAAAAAAGUGAUUUGUUGAACAUUUCAUUAUUUCUUCUGUUUUAGUUAUAAAUUUGAAUUUCUCUGCAACUGUUUUAAUAGUUUUGUAAUUUUACAUAUAAAAGUGUGUUUUACAAGAAGUUGUUUUGCCAUAUAUUAUGAACCAUGAUUUAAAUGUGUACUAAAAUAUACAAAAAGAAAAUCAAUAAAACUUAAA